AUGGCUACCCCUAGUGUCCUCGCCUUUGACGCUGAGGGUCGGGCCAUUGACUUUGACGUCAGGGUAGAUGACCUGCAGCUGUUCUUACAGUGCGAUAGGGCAGACGGCCUCUCUCUCUUUGACCUCACCUCUGGCGCUUCCCCUGCCCCUGCUGCUGAUGCUGACGCCACUGUUUGCUCCCAGGCGCUGGAGGAGCGAGCGGGGGCGGUGGAGGUGGAGGUGGCGGCGGUGGGGGGAUUGGGGGUGGCAGUGGGAGUGGAGGUGGGGGUGGAGGGGUCGGUGGCGGCAGUGGAGGCGGAGGCGGCGGCGGCGGUGGCGGUGGGAGCGGAGGUGGCGGAGGUGGCGGCGGUGGAGGCGGAGGCGGAGGCGGCGGCAGUAGCGGAGGCGGUGGGGGUGGCGGUGGAGCUGGUCGCGGGUCUUCGCAGAGGAGUGGCUCCGGUGGUGGCUCGCGCCAGCAGCAGCAGCGCAGUCGUGAGACCCUGA